CCGCGGCUUCCGGCCGAAGAACAUGAUGCAAGGGGACACAAAUCCUAGUGCUUCCCUCAUUGACACAACCAUCAAGAUGAGAAAAGAAACAGAAGCUAAGAAAGUGGUUUUAGCCUGGGGACUCCUAAAUGUAUCUAUGGCUGGAAUGAUAUAUACUGAAAUGACUGGAAAAUUGAUUAGUUCAUAUUAUAAUGUGACAUACUGGCCCCUCUGGUAUAUUGAGCUUGCCCUUGCAUCCCUCUUCAGCCUAAACGCCUUAUUUGAUUUUUGGAGAUAUUUCAAAUACACUGUGGCACCAACAAGUCUGGUUGUUAGCCCUGGACAGCAAACACUUUUAGGGUUGAAAACAGCUGUUGUACAGACUACUCCUCCACAUGAUCUGGCAGCAACCCAGAUCCCUCCCUCUCCACCUUCUCCUUCAAUUCAGGGUCAGAGUGUGUUGAGUUAUAGCCCAUCUCGUUCACCCAGUACCAGCCCCAAGUUCACCACCAGCUGUAUAACUGGAUAUAGCCCUCAGCUGCAAGGUCUGUCAUCAGGGGGCAGCGGUUCCUAUAGCCCUGGAGUGACUUACUCUCCCAUCAGUGGUUAUAAUAAGUUGGCAAGCUAUAGUCCCUCUCCUUCUUCUCCAUACCCUACUACUGUUGGACCAGUGGAGAGCAGUGGAUUGAGAUCUCGCUACCGGUCUUCACCCACCGUUUAUAAUUCCCCUACUGACAAAGAAGACUACAUGACAGACCUACGAACUUUGGAUACUUUUCUUAGAAGUGAAGAAGAGAAACAGCACAGAGUUAAGCUGGGGAGUCCAGACUCGACCUCGCCUUCCACCAGUCCUACUUUCUGGAACUACAAUCGUUCUGUGGGAGAUUAUGCACAAACUUUAAAGAAGUUUCAGUAUCAACUCGCCUGUAGGUCUCAGGCCCCCUGUGCUAACAAAGAUGAAGCUGAUCUCAGUUCUAAACAAGCUGCAGAGGAGGUUUGGGCUAGAGUGACUAUGAAUAGACAACUUCUUGAUCAUAUGGAUUCAUGGACAGCUAAGUUCAGAAAUUGGAUCAAUGAGACAAUAUUAGUGCCAUUGGUACAAGAGAUCGAGUCUGUCAGCACACAGAUGAGACGAAUGGGCUGUCCUGAGCUUCAGAUAGGAGAGGCUAGUAUUACUAGCUUGAAACAAGCUGCUCUGGUCAAAGCUCCUCUCAUUCCAACUUUGAAUACAAUUGUGCAGUAUCUAGACCUUACACCAAAUCAGGAAUACUUGUUUGAAAGGAUCAAAGAACUUUCUCAGGGAGGCUGUAUGAGUUCAUUUCGAUGGAAUAGAGGUGGAGACUUCAAAGGACGCAAGUGGGAUACAGACCUGCCCACUGAUUCUGCUAUCAUCAUGCAUGUAUUUUGCACCUACCUCGAUUCCAGAUUACCUCCACAUCCUAAGUACCCUGACGGAAAAACAUUUACUUCUCAGCACUUUGUUCAGACACCGAAUAAACCAGAUGUGACAAAUGAGAAUGUUUUUUGCAUUUAUCAGAGUGCUAUCAACCCUCCCCAUUAUGAGCUAAUCUACCAGCGUCAUGUCUACAAUCUUCCAAAGGGCCGAAAUAAUAUGUUUCAUACAUUGUUAAUGUUCCUCUACAUCAUAAAGACUAAAGAGUCAGGAAUGCUUGGGAGAGUUAAUCUUGGUCUGUCCGGUGUGAAUAUUUUGUGGAUUUUUGGCGAGUAGUGGGUCAUUUAAUUCCAAACAUUUGGACUUUCUUUGAUUGAACCGGAAGUUGAAUCUAAG